UCUCCACUCACAUUUAUAUAUAUGUACAAUUCCGUGCAUACCAUCUUUAGGAAUAAAAUCUUGUUGCUAUUGUUCCUUCCAAUAUCUGCGCUUUUUAUCUCAUUUUCAACGAAAAAAUGUCGGCCUUCGAAGAACCAAUACUCGCUAGGCUCAAUCGACUUGAUCUCAUCUUGAAACAGUUGGAAGAAAUUCGAGGCGAUCAUCACUCUCCCAAGAGUUCAAACGCUUCGAGCGGAACCCUAACGAGCGACAGGCAGCCGUCGUGCUCACCCGAGCGGCGGUGUCGGCCGGUGAAUGAGGUGAUGAUCGAAGUCGAAGAGAAGGGCAACUUGAUCGACAGAUUGAUUCACGCCGAGGAUCGAAUCUUGAAGGUAUGUUUGCAACUAGAAGAGGAGUUCGAAAGUGAGAGGAGCAGAGAGCUGAAUGGGUCAGCAGAGAAGAAGUCGCCUAAGAAGGGGUUGAAGCAAUUUGUGAAGUCAUGCGUUAAGAAGCCUAAUAAACAAAAAACUAGCAUUUUGUCUUCUUGAAUUUCAUGACUCGUUUUGUUUAUUUCUUGUGGUGUUUUCUUUUAUAUUUUGAAUAUUUUGACGUUUUCCCAAGUUUGAUCUUGUAAAGAAUAAGAGCUCUGCUCCGAAUUUCCUUGAUCUGGUACGGUGUUGGCUGUUCUAAUUUUUGUCAUUGAAAAAUGGUAUGUAUUCAACAAUCGGCAGUUGCUGGCCGACGAUAUUUAUUUUCAUCGGCUUUAUCACCCUACA